CGUCUUCACGAUCUUGCCAAUUUGCGAGCCUCCGGUGCCGGGGGAUGUCGUGACUCAUUUGCUGACGAAGAGAAUCGAUGCUCGUGAUUGAUUACAUACGGUAUAGUAACUCUUUCAAAUGAGAGAUAAAUUUAACCCGUUAUAUUCGUGGCUUGGAGCUUUAGUUUCCUUAUAUUCCCUUUCUUUUUUUUCUUCUCCUCUUUUUCUGUGAGAUGAGUGAAGUGAGAGUGGCCUCACAUUGGCUAAUUGCAUGUUGAUCUAUCGCGACGGCUGGUCUUCGGCAUUUUGAAACCCCUCCGAACCCGUCCGCUAAGAUUCUCGGUCUCUUGUCUUGUUUACAUAUUGGCCCACGACAAAUACCUCAGCUCGCGGGCGUGGAUGCGUAUUAACAUCUUAAAUCGGAUCUGCUAAAGACAAUACCGUGUAGUCUAAACGUGUAAAAGCACUUAGAGGAUAGGGAAGAGAGCUUGAUAACUUCGUUGGUAAGGAGGAGGAAGAAUAGGGGAAUCGAUUGACUGAUCUACUAUGGCUGCCAAAGUAGCCGUAUACGCAAAGCCGCCGGAGGUUCUCGUCAAGGUUCUCGAACACUCCCAUCCCCUUGUUUCGCUGCCUCUAGUGCGGAGACUGCGGUUUGCGGCGGGGUUCCCCGGUGGCAUUUCGGAGCACGCGAGGAUUCUCUGGUGUUCGCCACUUACACUGGAAGAGUACUUGUCUACUUGUUCUGCGCAUGACGACGGAGUCGAAGCAGAACCGAGAAUUGACGAGAAUGCUGGGAAAGAUCAUAGAGAACUGAGGGUGAAUGGAAAGGCACCCCCUUUUGCCGCUGCGUAUCUGGAUUUCUCUCGAGGUCCAGAGACGGAGUUAUGGAUCUACUCAUCGAUGGAAGGACGUUUGAGCGGAAUAUCAAGUACCCAGGAUGAGAUGGGUAUCCGGGCCAAAGAGAGAUGGGGUACGAGCCACGAAGAAGGUGACGACGAAGAGCUGGGACGAGAACGAGAAGAUAUCGCCAGUGCCGUUGCCCUCCUCCACGAAGUCAAGCGCCAGCAAGACCUCUAUUUUGCCCCUGGGACUACGCGCGCGAACGAGCGUGAGUAUCCUACUGUCUUGGUCGGCAACCUGAAUGAAAUCCUGAGAAAACGGCUCGCGGCGCCUGACGUGGGUAUGGACCUUGUUUCGACAGGCCUUUACGACAAGUGGAUCUUUGAGAUUGCCAAGCUGCCCGAUGCUGAUUUGACUGACGACAUCGGGACUGUUAAUGGGCACCGAUGGGUUUGGGAUGUUGUUCGACGGGAGGAUAUUGCGUUUACCAUCUCGCGAACAAAUAUUCCAAGAAGAGAGCGCACAAUGAAGUUAUUACCAAGCACGGCAUUAUAUACAAAUAAUGGGACGCCAGUUGCGUGGGCUUUUCUCGGCCCGGAUUCCUCGCUGAGCAGCUUGCACUGCGAAGAGCCCUAUCGCGGAAGAGGUAUCGCGAAGGCUGUAGCGGUCAAGCUUUUGAGAGAUCAUUUGGGAGACUACAAUGAUGAUGCAUACAUUGGUUGGGCUGAUGUGGCUCCAGAUAAUGUCCAGAGUCAGGGGGUGUGUAGGAGUUUGAAUGGUAAGCCGUUGUGGCAGAUAUCUUGGAGCCGUCUAGACCUGAACCGAAGCUUCCCGGAAGGAUGAACAUCCGAGAGCUUGAUGUCUAUUUA